CUUCCUCGUUCUCUGGCGCAGGGCCCCUCGGCCAGCCGGGGCAGUCCCGCAGUCGAGCGCAGCCAGGCGCGCGCCGCCGCCCACUCGCUCUGUGCCCGCUGCAGCCCGAAAGUGGCCCGGGCUGGGAGCAGAGGGGACAGCGGGGAUAGCGAGCUCCUGCCCGAGCGAGCUAGCGGGCGUACCCGCCGCCUGAGGGCUACCUGGAGGAUAUGGAGGAAAGAUCAGCAGAGAGCAACUCCAAUGUGGACAGUUCAGCACAGCCUUCCGUGGCCCAGCUGGCUGGGCGGUUUCGGGAGCAAGCAGCUAUGGCCAGGGAGACACCAGCCAGUAAACCAACAAGAAGGAAACCGCCCUGCUCCCUCCCCCUGUUCCCCCCCAAGGUAGAGCUGGGCCAGAAUGGUGAGGAGAAAUCACCAUCCAACACCAGCCACCCACCAAAAAUCAAGGUGAAGAGCUCACCUCUGAUUGAGAAGCUCCAGGCCAACUUAGCCUUUGACCCAGCAGCUCUUCUGCCUGGAGCUUCACCCAAAAGUCCUGGACUGAAGGCCAUGGUGUCACCAUUUCACAGUCCCCCUUCCACACCCAGUAGCCCUGGCAUCCGGUCUCAGCCAGGAGAGGCAGAAGAGGUGCCUGUGAGCUUUGACCAGCCCCCGGAAGGUACUCACCUGCCCUCUUACAAUAAGGUGCGGACUAGAGGCUCAAUAAAAAGACGCCCGCCCUCCCGGCGAUUCCGACGGUCUCAGUCAGACUGUGGGGACCUUUUAGACUACAGGGCUGUGGAGCCAUCUCAGGAAAAUGGUGCCGGGGUAGAGAACGGGGAUGACGUAUUCCCUAGCAAGAGCAAGGCCCCCGGGUCUCCCCCACCCAACCAGGAGGCCACGGGAGACGGAGUGGAGGGAACUCCGGGGUCUGCAGAAAACCCUCCUGGAAAGAGCUUGUGCAACAGCGUGGAGAAGACAGAAGAAUGGGUAGCGACCCCAGGUGAGGCCAGUGCAGGAGAGGAGGCUGGAAAGAAUCCCGACACAGCUAGCCAGGGCGGCCUGGAGGCCCCGGUGCCACCCCGAACCUGCAGGACAGAAGCUGAGAAUGGCUGCGGAAGCCCACAGGAGGGGACAGCCGCUGGAGAGCAUACAGACACUGGGAAGGCCACAGAGGGGACAGCCUCUGAGGAGAGUGUGGCAGAUGAAGAGGAAAGAGAAGGCACGGAGAAGCCCCCACCAAAUUCUCCUGGAAGAGUAGAGGGCACCAUUGUCCCAGAGGAGGAGACAAACCAAAAGGAGGGCGCACCUGUGGAGCCAGGCUGCCGCCCAGGGUUCGACAAUGCCCCAGGAGAGACCAGCAAUGAGAUCCAGAAUCAUCAGGGAGUCUCCACGGAUGACAUCCCCAUUGAGGAUACUCGAAUGUGAUGAAGAGCUCAUGGUGCCAGUGAUGAAGCCACUGGAGACAUCUCCUUGGAAACGGCAGCAUCAAUAGUAGCAGCAGUAGAACAUGAAGCCACUGCAGACACAGAAUGCACUGAGCAUGUGCAGUCAGUCCAGGAUGCACAGUGUCCCAUCCCCUGUAGUCCACAGCAAAUGUCUUCAUUGGAGAUUAGAGUUGAGGGAAGUCAAGUUCUAUCAACUUGAGUUUGUGUCAUUUGAUGGACGUGACUCAAAGUAAAACAGAUGUAAAGCAAUUGGCUGUGGUGAUGACUGCUAGGCAUACUGGCCAUCCUGUUGAUCCCCAUCUCUUCCUGUAGCUGACCUCCCAACUAGGCUAUGCUUGAACAUCUGUAAAGUUACAGCCUUUUUAUUGUUCUAAACUUUUUAUCGUUGUCGGAUGUAACUUAAAACUAAUCUUAGGUAGAUAAAGAAGAUAGUCUUGUGGAAAAUAAAGUGCUCUAAGUAACAGAAGACCUGAAAGCAUAUCAGAGCCCUCAAGACCGUCUUUCUGCUUACUCCAGUGGGGAAAGGGCCAACUGAUUAAAAAAACAAUGGACUCAAAGAGAUAUUUAUUAAAACAUGUAAAAAUGUGUUCCUGUCUGUUCCAAGGGUGGGUGCACUUCCUGUCACAUAAUCUGGCUGAUGACAACAAGGGAGGUGACCAGUCCAUCUCAUCCCAUCCAUGGUGCAGGAACUUCUGUGGAGAGGCAGGAUGUUCAACCGUGCCGGCUCUGCACUCCAUUUCCUGCCCUGAAGGUGUAACAGUGUGCCUACGUGAUGUUUUGUGCAUGGACUGCAGUCUCCUACUUGAACAUGGGCUGACCUCUGGGAGGUGCCUUUAGUACCCAGGGUUCAGCUUACUCUCUGAGAGCAUCCCUCUUAGCCUCUCUAGGAAGCUUUUAUGUGUUUGUUUUUGAUUUCUUUCUUUUUUAAAAUCUCACCAUGUAGCCUUCAACUCACUGUGUAGCCCAGGCUGGUCUUGAACUGCCUCUGCCUCUGAAUUGUGGGUAUGCAUCACCAUGCCUGGCUCUCAGUAAGCAUUUCUGGAAUCCAAACCCAAGUUCUUUUCCUGGACCCAUGAGGUGUGAACUGGGGUCUUCAGCCUGUUUUCAUCAGGAACUUUUGCUUGGUGUUCUUUCUGGAGAUGAAGGAGGGUUUGGAAGGAUGGGUAUCUGUCUAUCCAUUCCUCUGCUCACCUCCGCUCCCCUCUUCAUGCACUCCUGCUAAAGAAAUGUUAACCUAAAUAAAUGAUGGAUCUUCAGGGUUGGUCCUUA